AUGGUUAAAGGUGUUAGUCAAGGAUUUGCCCAACCACUAUCCAUUCUUUUCGGGUAUUACAAGGCGCCGCUAUGGUUAGGAAUACCGUAUUACGUCUUGCCUCGAAUUUUAAAGCCGACCAUCCGUUUCAUGCUUUUGGGACUAUUUGUCAGUUUGGCGAUGCCACUUGGAUUUGCAUUCAGCGAUAUUCGUAAUCGGUUGGAGUAUCUGGCCAACAAACCAGACAACGAUAUGCUUUGCGUCGAACUACAAAAAGGUCACGCGUUGUUCCGGCGGUUGCGGUGUGCAGUUGCUAGUAUAGACGGUGUGUUUUCGGUGAUCAAUUUGGCGGUUUCGUUACUGGAGAUCCUCGUAUGGUUAGCUUAUGGUGCAGCCUUGUUGGUACCGUUUCGAAGCGACGCCCGUUGGGACUGCCGACGCACUGAGGCAGAGAAAGUCCAAUGGGCAGCGCUAUCCACUGCACUGCUGUCCAUGGCGAUCGUGGCAGUGUUUACUUUCACGAUCCGGUUAACUUCCUGCAUUUUCUGCCAUGAACAAGCUCUCUCGGUUAAGACAACGCUGCUGUACAUUCGCCCAAAAAUUGCGGACAGCGCGAAAGAGGAACUGGAACAGUUUCUUGAAUCACUACGGGCAUUAAUCGACCACAAAAUACCAGUAUUUACAGCGUUUGGUUAUCUUGACUUUACGAAGCAGUAUAUUACAAUGGUCACUGGAAUUUUGGCGACAUACUGUGUUAUUUUGUAUCAGAAUCGUCAAUCCCAAACGGAAAUUGGAGACAUACUGGAUUACAUUCGCAAUUUCACGACUUCCGGAUGA